UGAAAGUAUAGGGCAGAGAUUUUCAAAGCAGAUCAGAAAACCAGCUUUACAAAUCACUCCACCGCACUCCUCUCUUCUUUUAAAAAAUACAUUUUGCGGAGUGAUCGAUUUUUGAACUUUUUGAGAGAGACAAUAAAAGUUAGGCGGAAGAAUGAGUGAAGGGACAAAGACGAGCUGCGGCGGCGGAGCAUCGGUGGCGGCGCUUAUGUCUUCUUCGGACGAUCGGAAAACUUCCUCCGGUAAGAAAGUCACCAUUAAGAGCUCAGAUAUGAAAGAGGACUUGCAGAAAGAAGCCAUCGACAUUGCCAUUGCUGCGUUUGAGGAUUCUAAAGUGGAGAAGGAUGUAGCAGAGCACAUAAAGAAGAAGUUUGACAAAAAAUACGGCCCAACUUGGCAUUGCAUCGUCGGCAAGAAUUUCGGUAAAAUUGAACUUCACCAAUUGUUUUGCUUCUCAGUUUUCUUGCGUUUUUGCUUGCAAUGUGUCUCAAGCUUAAUGCCGUGA